AUGGACUACCAGCAUUAUCGCGAUGGCGGCGUGGCCCCGCACCUGGCCCCGCGAGGGCAGGGCGCGGCGUCGACUACCGGGACCAAGCGCGCCGCCGAGGCUUUCCCGCAGAAAUCGGCAGGUGGCCUGCAGCAGGCCGAGUCCCUUCAGGGCCCCAGCAAGCGCCUGUGCGCCCCGCAGCAGUGCGACAGCGCGGUGAGCAGCAUCACGACUUGGGGCCCGCACGCCGGCAACGGCGGCGGCGCCGGCGGCGAUUUGCCCCUGUGGCGCACCCUUAGCAGCAGCACUUCGGCGCCAGCCGCGGCCGCCGCAACCGCCUCCGCCGCCAUGACGCCGCAGGACAUGGCCUUGCGGGACGCGCCGGCCGGUGGGUCGUUCUCGGCCGGCGCGCCGCCGCCCUCCAUGAUGCGCGUCGGCUCGUCGAUGGGCGGCGGCGCCGCGCUGCAGCAGCUGAGGUGGCCGCAGCAGCCGUCCACGUCCCAGCCGGCGGCGUCGCUGCUGCUCGAACCUGGAACCGGCAUGGACGCCACCGUCGCCGCCGUCGCCGCCGCGGCGGCCGCCAUGCAGCGCCACGCGAGCGGCGGCGGCGGGGGCGCCGCCGACGGCGGGCGCCUCCUGCCGCCGGCCGCGGCCGCUUCCUGCGGCAGCAGCAACAAGAUGGUCAGCCCGUUCACCUCCGGCGUGCUGGCCUGCACCGCGGCCCUCUGGCCGCAGGAGCUGCGAUACCUGAGCGCCGUCGGCACCGCCCGCCAGCACUCUGCCGCGCUGCCGCUGCGCACCGCGUCGGCGCCGAUCCUCUCCAACGGCCUAAGCGCCGGCGCCGGCGCCGCCGUGGCCGCGAACGCCGCGCUGGCGGCGGCCGCGAACGCGGCACCCGCGGCGCCGGCAGGGCUGCGGGGCGGCAUGGAGGGGCCAGCGCAGCAGUACCAACUGCCGAUGCCGCGGCCGCUGGUCAGCCGGUUGGCGAGCGAGGCGCCCGCGCCAGCGGGCCCUGGUGGCGGCGACUUCCGGCACCUGCAGCGAGGGUACAGCGCCCCCAUCACUCAGCUGCUGCUGCAGCAGCAGGCGCUGCAGCAGCAGCUGAUCGCGAGCGCUGGCGCGGGCGCACGCGGUGGCGCGCCGUCUGGAGGGGCCGCGGCGCCGCAGCUUGAGCAGGCGCCGCGGCUAGACCUGGUGGGGGCGGGGUCGCUGCAGCGGCAAUCGUCGCUGAUGCAGCAGCAGGCGUCCCUCCAGCACCAGGCGCCGCUGCAGCAGCAGACGUCGCUGCAGCACCCGCAACUGCUUGCUCAACAGCAACAGCAGCAGCAGCAGCAGCAGCAGCAGCAGCAGCAGCAGCAGCAGGCAGCCCUACAGCAACAGCAGCAGCAGCAGCAGCAGCAGCAGCAGCAGCAACAUCAGCAGCAGCAGCAGCAGCAGCAGCAACAGCAGCAGCAGCAAGCAGCCAUCCAGCAGCUGACCACCCAGCAGUCGCUGGUCAAACAGGAGUCUUCACAGCAGCAGCAGCAGCAGCAGCAGCAGCAGCAGCAGCAGCAGCAGCAGCAGCAGCAGCAGCAGCAGGCACCGCUGCCAUUAGUGCGCCAGCCCUCCCGACGCGAGCAGCAGCAGCAGAAGCAGCAAGCCAAGCAGCAGCCUGCCGCUCCAGCCGCAGAGGCCGUCCCCGCCGCCGGCGCUGCGCCCGGGGCGGACGGCCCUAGGGGGACAGCCGGCGAGGCGCAGGGCGCGGGGGCGCGCGGGGCCCCCAGUUCAACGGACGACAAGACUGUCAAGAUGUCCCGCGCCAUCAGCUGCAAGGCCUACCUGAAGCGCCUCAACAUAACCCAGCCGAUGGCCGAGGCGCUGCUGCCCGAGAUGCAGCUCGCGACGGCGCCGCGCGGCGGCAGCUGCGCGUCGGGCCAGGGGGCCAGCAAGCACUACGAGCUGCUGUUCAAGCGGGAGCUGGUAUAUGAGGGCGCCGUGUGCAACACGCAGCGCCACCUGCGCCUGACGUCCGGGUGGCGCGACUUCGUGCGCGCCCACAACGUGCUGGUUGGGGACACAGUUGUGUUCGAGCGCCGGGGCGACGACCGCAGCACCCUGUACACGAGCAUCAAGCGGGCCGCGUGA